CAAACUUCUGUCCUGCGUCUUGGAGCUAGUUUUUCUUGAAAUACAUAGCUUCAAAUUUCACUGUGUUAUUUUGAUAAAGCUUUGAGCAAAACAUUUUCUGACAUGGCCAGAGCUGGGAGCCCAGAGGACCAGUGGGAAGUAGAAGCUUUUGAGGAUGAAUUUGGAGAAAUCAUAAAGACAAGAUCAGAUGAAAGGGAGGACAUACAAAAGAAAACCUUCACAAAAUGGAUAAACUCACAGUUUGCUAAGGCUGGGAGGGCCCCUAUUGAUGAUCUCUUCAUAGAUCUGUGUGAUGGCCGUCGUCUUCUGGAGCUUUUAGAGGGCCUGGCUGGGCAUGAACUGGUGAAAGAGCGUGGCUUCACCAGGGUGCAUUCACUCAAUAAUGUCAACAGAGCACUGCAGGUUCUUCAGAAGAACAAUGUUGAAUUGGUGAAUAUUGGAGGAGCUGACAUUGUUGAUGGGAAUCAUAAAUUGACUUUGGGACUAAUCUGGAGCAUAAUUCUCCAUUGGCAGGUGAAGGAUGUGAUGAAAGAUGUGAUGGCAGACUUAAAGCAAACCAACAGUGAAAAGAUUCUAUUGAGCUGGGUUAGGCAGUCCACCAAGAAUUACCCACAGGUCAAUGUUAUGAACUUCUCCAGCUGCUGGGAAGAUGGUCUAGCUUUCAGUGCUCUCAUCCAUAGCCACAGACCGGAGUUGUUUGACUGGGCUGUGGUGGAACAGAUGGAUAAAGCUAUUGACCGGCUGGAUCAUGCUUUCAGGAUUGCUGAGAAGCAUUUGGGCAUCGAACGACUGCUCGACCCUGAAGAUGUGGCUACUUCUCAUCCAGAUAAGAAGUCUAUAAUUAUGUACGUCACCUCCUUAUUUCAAGUGCUGCCUCAUGGUGUGAGUAUGGAGGCAAUCAAGGAGGUUGAGACUCUGCCUCGAACUAUGGUGACUAAAGAGGAACACUUCCACUUUCAAACACAGCAGUGCUACUCCCAACAGAUCACAGUCAGUGUGGCUCAGAGUGAAGUACGCAGCCCUUCUCCUUCAAGUAAGCCACGCUACAAAAGCUAUGCCUUCACUCAAGCUGCAUAUGUCAAGACACCAGAACAGAAAAGAAAGAACCCUGUCACACAGUCCCCGGAAAAGCUGGAAGAUAUGUGGCCCUCCCUCAGUCCUCUGCCACAAGGCUCAACCCAGCUAGAGAGUUACCAGAGUGCCCUGGAAGAGGUGCUGACCUGGCUCCUGUCUGCUGAGGAUGGCUUGCAAGCUCAACCACCUAUUUCCUCUUUUGUGGAAGAAGUGAAGGAGCAGUUUCACACUCAUGAGGGUUAUAUGGUUGAGUUGACUUCCCAUCAAAGCAGUGUAGGUAGAGUGUUAAAGGCAGGGAGCAUUCUGCUGGCUGAAGGUCACCUGACUGAGGAUGAAGAGAGUGAAAUUCGUGAGCAGAUGAAUCUUUUAAACACUCGCUGGGAACAUUUACGAGUGGCCAGUAUGGAAAGACAAAGCAGGCUUCAUGAAGUUUUGAUGGACCUGCAGCAUCAACAACUUAAACAGCUUACCACCUGGUUGGAUGUUACCGAAGCUCGAAUUAAACGAAUGGGAGCCCAGCCUUUAGGUCCUGAAAUUGAAGAUGUAAAACAUCAAAUUGAAGAGCACAAACUGUUGCAGGAGGAUCUGGAGAUGGAGCAGGUACGAGUGAACUCUCUGACACACAUGGUGGUGGUAGUGGAUGAGAAGAGUGGAGAGAGUGCAACUGCAGCACUGGAAGAAAAACUACAAAAUCUUGGAGAGCGAUGGGCAGCCAUUUGCAAAUGGACAGAAGAGCGCUGGAUACUUCUUCAAAAGAUUCUAAUGAGCUGGCAUCAUUUCACUGAGGAGCAGCAUUUGUUUGAUUCCUGGCUAACACAGAAGGAGCAGUUAGUUCUUUCCAUCCAAAGUACCACUGAUCCCAAUGAAAUAGCUGCCAACCUAAGAAAGCUUACUAUUCUGAAAGCAGACCUUGAACUGAAAAGGCAGAACAUGGACAAGCUUUGCUCCCUUGUUCAAGAUCUGUUAUCCAAUAUUAAGAAUAAGGAGGCUGCAGGAAAACUGGAAGCAAGAUUAGAGAGAUUUGCUCAGCGAUGGGACAAACUAGUGCAGUCACUUAACCUCACCAGUACCAAGUUUACAACCACUGUUACUACAUCCCAGUCUGAACUUACACAGAAAACUGUGGAAACCAAAGUUACCACACAUCAGAAAAAGAUAGUGAAGCAUACUAAGGAUGGUCUAGCUACUCCUCCUCCACAAAAGAAGCGUCAGAUAGUUGUGGACUCGGAGCUCCGUAAAAGAUUUGAUGUGGACUUCACUGAGAUUCAUAGUUUUAUGACACGCUCAGAGGCCAUCUUGCAGAGUCCAGAGUUCUCAGUUUCACGUAAAGAGGGCAGCGUGGCAGACCUCUAUGAUAAAGUCUUGGCAAUUGAUAAAGAAAGACCAGAGAAGUUUAGGAAGCUGCAAGAAGCAACACGCUCAGCUCAGGCAUUGGUCGAUCAGCUCACAACUGAUGGGCAGAAUUGUGAUGACAUUCAACAAGCUGAGCAACAGUUGCGCACCCGUUGGAUUGAUUUCUGUGCUCUCUUGGCUGAGAGGCUGGCAUGGCUAGCCUACCAGACCAAAGUACUGGCUUUCUACAGUCUGUUCCAGGAGUUGGAGCAGGCUGUCGCCAAUUCAGAGAACUGGCUGAAAGUGCAGCAACCCCCUGCAUGCGAGCAGGAACCACUGAGGAUCCAGCUUGAGCGCUGCAGGGAUGAAAUAGCUCGCCUAUCUGCACAUCAGCCACAAGUAGGGCAGCUACAAAAACAACUUCAGGGGCUGAGAGAGAAAGAGGAAACACCGGUUAUCUUCGAUGCUGAUAUAACUGCCUUCCAGGAUCACUACUACCAAGUCCUCGCAGACCUAAAAGCAAGAGAGAAACAGCUUGUGUUAGUCCAGUCUAGCCUUCCACCUGUGCGCUACAAGGAUGUAAUGGCAGCUCUGAUGGCCUGGCUGCAGCAAUGUGAGGCCAAACUUGCCCUUCCUUCAACAGCAGUAACCGAGUACCCAGUCAUGGAGCAGAGGCUCAAAGACAUGAUGGCCAUUCAUGCAGCACAGCAAGAGCACCAAUGUGAAGUGGAAGAUCUGAAUAAGAUGGCUGAACAGGUGUUCCAGAAAGCUCCUCCUGAUAUGUGUCAAAAGUAUCAUAUUGAGCUUGACAAUGUGAUGGCACGCUGGAGACGUGCAGGUGAACAAGUUGAAGAAAACAUACAGAAGUUGCAGGAGCACAUGGCCAAGCUACAGCAGUUCCAAAAUGACACAAAGACCCUGCAGAAGUGGAUGGCUGAUGUAGAUGUUUUCCUGAAUGAGGAAUGGCCAGCUUUAGGAGACUCUGAGGCUCUGGAGAAGCAACUGGAACAGUGCACAGCCUUAGUAAAUGACAUUCACACUGUCCAACCAAGUCUAAAUGGCAUCAAUGAGGUGGGACAGGCAUUAAAGAGGGAAGCAGAGACACCAUAUGCUAUCAAAAUACAGAGGAUGCUUGAUGAGCUCAAUGCUCAGUGGGAACUAAUUUGCAAACAGGCCUAUGCAAAAAAAUCUGCCCUUAAAGGUGGUCUAGAUAUGACGGUAAGUUUGAAGAAGGAGAUGCAAGAGAUGCAAGAGUGGAUCACGCAGGCAGAAGAAGAUUACCUGGAACGUGACUUCCAGUAUAAAACACCUGAAGAGCUUCAUAAAGCUGUGGAGGAACUGAAGAGAGCUCAAGAAGAAGUCCAUCAGAAAGAAGUAAAAGUAAACUUGUUGACAGACAAAGUAACCAGUUUCAUCUCAAAGGCUCCACAAGCAGCCCAUGAUGCCCUGAAGACGGAACUAGAUGUUUUGACUUCUAACUACCACCGUCUGUGUAGCCGGCUUGAUGGGAAGUACAAGACAUUAGAGGAAGUUUGGGCCUGCUGGUGCGAAUUGCUGGCCUAUUUGGAACAGGAAAAUGCUUGGAUGGAUCUACUGGAGAAGAGACUUGAUGAGACAGAGAAUUUGCAAAGGGGAGCAGAGGAGAUAGCAGAGGCAUUGGCUUCCUUAGAUACCAUGAUAAGAGAACAUCCUGAAUAUAAUCGUAACCAAAUACGUGAGUUGGCACAGACCCUUAUGGAUGGCAGAGUCCUCCAUGAGCUUAUUCAUAGAAAGGUGGAAGACUAUAACAUUCGCUGGGAUGAACUUAUGCAAAGGGCACUACAAAGGCAACAACAGCUGGAGAAAAGCUUGCAGUGGGCCCAAGAAAAUGACAAUACUCUACGUCUUAUCCGAGAUUCUCUAAAUACAACAGAUCGUCAUUUAACUGCAUAUCUUGUGGAUGGUAUAGAUGCUGCUCAAAUACCACAGGAAGCCCAGAAAAUUCAGACUGAUCUGACUGGUCAUGAGGUGACUCUGGAUGAUAUGAAGAAAAAGGCCAGUGAAGCAGAUGCUUCAGAUAAAUUGUUGGCAGAAAUUGAUGCUACAUAUAAUAAACUUUUGGAAGUGAAAGCAAAGUUUCGGCUUUUCCAAAAACCAGCCAACUUUGAUCAGCGAUUGAAGGAAUGUGAACGUGUGUUGGAAGACGUGAAGGGUCAACUGGGGGUGCUGAGCAUCUGCAGUUUUGAGCAGGAAGUGGUGCAGUCUCAGCUGGAGCAGUGCAUGAAGUUAUAUAAGAGUCUAAGUGAAGUAAAAUCAGAGGUGGAGAUGGUAAUAAAGACGGGAAGGCAGAUUGUGCAGAGACAACAGACAGAGCAACCCAAAGAGCUGGAUGGCCGUUUGACGAGUCUUAAACUGUUGUACAACGACUUGGGUGCACAGGUGACAGAUGGAAAGCAAGAACUGGAAAAGAGUCUAAAGUUAUUGAGAAAAUUUAGGAAAGAGGUAAACAGUCUGACAGAGUGGUUAGCAGCAAUUGAUGGUGAACUGACUCUCCGGUCAUCAGUGGAGGGGUUGCCCAGUGACCUGGAAGCGGAGCUGACCUGGGCCAAGGCCACACAGGAGGAUACAGAGCGACACACGCCCCAACUUCGCUCUGUAAGAGAGUUAGCAGAGGCCUUGAAAGCAUUGCUUAGAGGGCAGGAAAGCCUUAUUGAUGACAAGGUCAGCCUGUUGAAUUGCAAUUGGAUUGCUGUGACAUCACGCAGUGAGCAGUGGUUGAAUCUUCUACUGGAUUACCAAGGUCAGAUGAAAACUCUAGAUCAGAAUGUUGCUCAGAUUAAUGCCUGGAUGGAUGGAGCUGAAGCUCAGAUGGACAAGAUGGAGAGUCAGGGCUGCAUCGAGCAUAUUAUCAAGGGUCUGCAAACAGAGCUGGAGGAAAUGCGUGUAAAGUUAGAGGCCAUCCAGAGCCUGGGUGAAGACCUCAUUAAGAACAGAGGGGAACACUGCAAAGCUCAAGUGAAGCCAAAGCUGGAGCAGCUCAGUCAUCGCUUUGAGACAGUUGCAGAAAGGAUUUUAAAUGCACAGGCCUCCACCCAUGAGGUAGAGGAGUACUACAGACAAGCUCAGAUGUGGCUACAGCUGCUGGAUGAAGAGAUAAAACUAGGUGAAAAUGUCAAAGAAGAUGAUUUCCUUGAGGAACCAGUAAGUGCUGUUGAUGAAGAUGCACUGAAGAAGCUGUUCCUGAGAGGAGAGAAUCUACUUAAAAGAACUACAGAGCCAGCAAAUUCCACUGUUCGUGAAAAGCAUAAUCUGCUCCACGACAGAUACAACACUCUGAAGAAUCUGAGAGCCCUCAGGAGGAAGAAGGCACUUGCUUUUGCCCCACAGUGGUAUCAGUUCCACAAGAAGUCAGAUGACAUGCUGCAAUUUCUUGACAACAUUGAGAAGAUGGUGGAAGAACUCCCUGAUCCUGAAGAACCAACUGUGAAGGAGAUAGGCACUAAGAUUAACCAGCAGCGUCCAGAACUUAAAGAUGUUCAACAACUUGGCAAAGUACUCUCAGAGGCCGGCAUGGUCAAGAUUGUGGAACCACGCCUUAUUCCUAUCAAUAAACGGUGGGACCAGCUGGACAAUAAGUUUGCUCAAAUGCAUCACAUGAGUGAAGUGCAGGCUCUGCUUCGUUCCAUUGCUGAAAAUGAAGAGCGGCUGAACUCGCCUGUUAGCUGGUCUGCUGCAAAGGAAAAUUUACACCAACAAGAAAAUUCCCUUAAGGAAGUGAAGCAAAAUUUGGACAUACUUGAGACUCCAGUGGUAGAAGCUUUGGAUUGGAACAAAGUCCACCUUCAUGAAAAUCUAUUAAUUCAUCUCCUCAACACUAAUUGGGAAAAUCUAAAGAGGCUCUAUCAGGACAGGCUAGCAUAUGUCAACAAAUGCAGAAAAUACAGUGAUGAGCUAAAAGAUCUCCAAGGCUGGCUGACUGCUGCAGAGAAAACAUUAGUGCUGUAUGAGGAAGACCCAAACUUGAAUAGAAGCCACCUCAAGGAUCUGCAGGACGUUUUGGAGAAGCAAGAGGCAGCAGUGAAAGCUCUAAAUGUUAUGGGCGAAGAUCUGGCCAUGCAGUGCAGAAAAGAGGAUGGAGAUCACAUUAAACAGCAGCUGGCUUCCAUCAAUACACGCUGGGCCAAACUGUUCAGUGAGCUGACUGAAAUAAAGAGACGAUCUGCAGGGGAAAAGAUCGUACUUACUGAGCUUCAUGAAGACAUUGGGGAGUUUCAGUCUUGGCUGGAUAAAGCAGAGGGUGUGGCUGCUAUACAAGUGCAACCAGGCAAUAAAGAGCAGCUCUGCACAGCAUUAGAAAAAGUGGAGGCUCAGGUAGCAGAAUUGCCAAGCAGAAAGCAAGCUUUACACAAAAUUAACAUCAAAGGUUCAUCCCUCCAUGCUGAUAAAGUCAAACCAUUGGAGAAUAAUAUAAAGAUUAUUAACAUGCGAUGGGCCAAGGUGUCUUCUGAUCUUUCUGAGAAGCAGCGACAGAUUGAAGAUCUCCUGAGAAAUUUGAGUCUGUACCAGGAGCAGCUUUCCAAGCUCUCCAACUGGGCUUCCACAACUAGGAGUCAACUGGAGCAGUCAUCUGGAGACAUUAACCAUAAGAUUGAUGAUGAUAUCCAAUCCAAGAAGUCAGACGUAGAAACAGUUUUGGCUACAGAGAGGCCGCCAUGCCAACCUGAAAGGGGCCAGUUUGAUAGUCUUAAUGCAGAUUGGAUGGCCAUUCAAGUACUGCUGAAAGAGUGGAGAGACAAAUGCCAGGUUUCAGUUGAAAGUUUGACAGGCAGUGUCACAGGAGAUGCCACCACAAUGGAUAAAUUCAAUAAAUCAUGGUCUGAUCUCAACAACUGGCUGUCUCUGCUUGAUAACAUGGUCCUGACACAGAGAGUGACAGUAGGAGAUCUUGCUGAUAUCAGUGGCAUGACCAUAAAACUCAAGUCAUCACUGCAAGAUAUGGAGCAGAGAUGUCCCCAACUGAAUAAACAAAUCACUGCAGCCCAGAACCUCAAGAACAAAACCAACAAUCCUCAGACCCGUGCUACAAUUACAGAUCAAAUUGACAAAUUACAAGCACACUGGGAAGACUCACACACGAAGCUGCUGGAUAGGGUGCUUCAACUUCAAAACAUGCAUCAAGACUCCAGUGAUUGGCUGGAAGCACGAAAAAGGGUAGAACCUCUCAUAAAGCAAGCCAAUGAAAAACUAGAAGUCUGGAAGGGAACGUCCCAAAGUGCUGAUGAUUUAAAGAAACUUGCCAAGAAUAUACAGCAGUGGCAAGCUCAAAUGGAUGUGACCAAUGAGCUGGCAAACAAACUGUUGACCCAUUAUGCAGUUGAUGACACUAGCAAGAUUAAACAGAUGACUGAGAGCAUGAAUGUUGCUUGGGCCAACAUCAAAAAACGUGUAGCGGACAAGGAAGCGGAUCUGGAGCCUAAACAGCGGCAAUUGCAGCACUUUUACAUAGACCUGGAAAAGUUCAUUAAUUGGCUUACUGAGGCAGAAACUACAGCAAAUGUCUUGCAAGAUGCUGCAUACAAGCAACGUCCUCUGGAUAACCCAGCCACAGUAUGCCACUUACUAGAGCAAUGGCAGGAUCUCAAGAUGGAGAUUGAUGCCCACACAGAUAUGUACCAUUCACUAGAUGAAAAUGGACAACGCAUAAUGGCAUCAUUGGAAGGGACAGAUGGUGCUUUAAUGCUUCAAAAACGGCUUGACAACAUGGGACAGCGGUGGCAUGACUUGCGUAAAAAAGUUAUUAAUAUGAGGCCUCACUUGGAUGCCAGCAUGGAGCAGUGGAAGCAUUUUCACAUGUCCUUACAAGAGUUGCUCCACUGGCUACAGCUUAAGAAGGAGGAUCUGGAUCAACAGAAACCAGUGGGGGGUGAUGUACCAACUGUGCAACAGCAACUGAUCACACACAAGGCCUUUAGGAGGGAACUGAAUACAAUGGAGCCAUCAGUCAAAGGAGCGCUUGAGAAUGUGAAGAGUUUCCUGAUUGAGAUGCCUAGUGAAGAGGCUAAACAGAGGCCUGGUCAAAGAGACAUCCGCACAGAAGAGAGAGUUCAAAAUGUGGAGCGUAUAUUGCGCAAGGAGGCAGAGGAUGUAACCACACAAUGGAAGGUACUGGGUCCAGCUGCAGUUGAGUGGCAGCGACAGCUGGAACUAGCAUUGGAAAGGCUGAUGGAACUUCAGGAUGCAGAGGAACAGUUAGAUUUCAAGCUUCAGCAAGCUGAGAUGGUCAAGGACUCCUGGGACCCAGUUGGAGACUUGCUUGUUGACAAUCUGUGUAAACAAAUAGACAUAGUUAAGGCAUUCCAGGAAGAAAUAGCUCCCAUUCAGGAUAAUGUAAAUCAAGUCAACAAACUGGCCUCUACAUUUAAAACUCCGGGUGUUCAGCUCUCACCAGACAACCUUAACAGAAUUGAGGACCUCAAUAUGAGAUGGAGACUUCUGCAGAUCUCAAUUGAAGGACAUCUGACCCACCUUACCGAAGCCCAGAGAGACUUAGGACCCCAUUCUCAAAAUUUUCUACAAGCCUCUGUACAAAGUCCUUUUGAACGCUCUGUUUCUCCCAACAAUGUUCCAUAUUAUAUAAACCACCAGACCCAAACAACAUGCUGGGACCAUCCAAAGAUGGCUGAGCUCUAUCAGUCUUUAGCGGAUCUCAACAAUGUACGCUUCUCUGCGUACAGGACAGCAAUGAAACUACGACGGCUGCAGAAAGCUCUGUGCUUGGACCUACUAGGGAUGUCAACAGCCUGUGAGUCCUUUGAACAACACAAUCUGAAACAGAACGAGCAAUUCAUAGACAUCAUGCAGAUGAUCAACUGUUUGACCAGCAUCUAUGACCGGUUGGAGCAGCAGCACAGCAGCCUUGUGAAUGUACCUUUAUGUGUGGACAUGUGUUUGAACUGGUUGCUGAAUGUUUAUGACACGGGUAGAACUGGGAAGAUUCGAACCCUGUCCUUUAAAACUGGAAUAAUCUCCCUCUGCAAAGCUCAUCUUGAGGAUAAGUACAGAUUUCUUUUUAGGCAGGUGGCCAGUGCCACAGGUUUCUGUGACCAACGCCGUCUUGGCCUCAUGCUGCAUGACUCAAUACAGAUCCCCAGACAACUGGGAGAGGUGGCAUCAUUUGGAGGGAGCAACAUUGAGCCUAGUGUACGAAGCUGCUUUCAUUUUGCAAAUAAUAAACCAGAGCUAGAGGCUUCAGUCUUCCUUGAUUGGAUGCGUUUGGAGCCACAGUCCAUGGUAUGGCUCCCUGUACUUCAUCGUGUGGCAGCUGCAGAAACAGCCAAACAUCAGGCCAAAUGCAACAUCUGCAAGGAAUGUCCUAUUAUUGGCUUCAGGUACAGAAGCUUAAAGCACUUUAACUAUGAUAUCUGCCAAAGCUGUUUCUUCUCCGGCAGAGUGGCCAAGGGACACAAAAUGCAGUAUCCCAUGGUGGAAUAUUGCACUCCGACAACCUCUGGUGAAGAUGUGAGAGAUUUUGCCAAGGUACUGAAGAACAAGUUCAGGACAAAACGCUAUUUUGCCAAGCAUCCUCGCAUGGGUUACCUCCCUGUGCAAACUAUUCUUGAGGGGGAUAACAUGGAGACUCCUGUUACACUUAUCAACUUCUGGCCUGUUGACCAUCCUCCGGCAUCUUCACCACAGCUGUCUCAUGAUGACACCCACUCACGCAUUGAGCAUUAUGCCAGCAGGCUAGCUGAAAUGGAAAACCGGAAUGGAUCCUAUGUGAAUGAGAAUAUUUCACCUAACGAGAGCAUGGAUGAUGAGCAUCUACUGAUUCAACACUACUGCCAGAGCCUCAGUCAGGGCUCACCCUUGAGCCAGCCACAGAGCCCUGCACAGAUUCUCAUAUCAAUGGAGGGUGAUGAGAAAGGAGAACUUGAGAGAGUUCUCAAUGAUUUGGAGGAGGAGAAUAGGAAGUUGCAGGCAGAAUAUGAUCGACUGAAAAAGGCUCAUGAGCAUAAAGGACUGUCACCUCUGCCAUCACCUCCACAGAGACUGCCAGUUUCACCCCAGAGUCCCCGUGAUGCUGAGCUCAUUGCUGAGGCCAAAUUACUGAGACAACACAAGGGUCGUUUGGAGGCAAGAAUGCAAAUUCUGGAAGAUCAUAACAAACAGCUAGAGUCUCAGCUUAAGCGACUUAGACAACUACUGGAGCAGCCACAGACUGAGUCCAAGCUGAAUGGCACUGCACUGUCCUCUCCCUCCACUGCCUCCCAGAGAUCUGACACCAGCCUGGCCUCAUUGCGUGUGGCCGCAAGCCAAACCACUGAGACAAUGGGUGAUGAUGAGCUGCCCAGUCCCUCCCAGGAUGCAAGCACUGGACUAGAGGAAGUGAUUGAGCAUCUUAAUAAUUCUUUUCCCCAUAGCCAAGGAGGUGGACAGCUAAAACCAUAAAAGGGAAUAAAAUGGAAAGUCUCUUCCAUAUGGUGAAUAACAUCGGAUAUGCCAUGGAGUCGUUGGUCAAUGUAUUGACAGCACAGCAGAGCAGGGUUGAGACUUGAAAAGUCUUCAGUGCAUGCUUUUGUAGUGAAAACAGCUGGACAGGAUAUGUUUACAAUGUGAAAUCAAUAAAAUCUAUUUUUCUGAAGGAUCAUGGUUCCAGAUGAUAGAAUUCAGUAGUUUCUUAUGACUAUAGAAUUGUUUUAUUAUUGAAAAAAACUGGUUUUUAAUCUUCUAUGCAAUUGUUUUAAAAAGAGAAGAAAAAAGAAGGCUUAAAACAAGGAAAAAGUAUAAAACAAGUGUGAUAACACUGCGUGCCAUUUCUUUGUACAGGAUGUUGGGUACAUUUUAAAGUGAUUUAUGAUAGGUUGUUAUAAACUUAAAGGGUGCUUUAUCAACUAAUUUUGUUUGUAACAAAUAACAAAUGCACAUUAAAAUCCGCUCUGUGUGUGUGCGAGCAUGUGUG